GCUCCCUUCUCUGGAAGCCCCCAGGAUGCUCCCAGGAAGGCGCAGCAGCGCAGCAGCCCCAGUCCAGUAUCUCUGCAGCAGCAGCAGCAACAGCAGCAGCAGCAGCAAGUGCUGCAGCACCAGCAGCAGCAACGCUCAGUUGCUCCCGGGAGGAGACCAGAAGCGAAGCAGCAGCUCAAGCAGCGCCAGCAGCAAAAGCAGCAGCCGUGGCAGCAGCAUCAGCCAAGCAAGCUGCUGCAGCAGCGGCAGCAGCAGCGACGACAGCCGCUGCAGCAGGCAGCCCUUCAGCAGCAGCAGCAAGCUCGCCAGGUGCAGAGACACCAGCAGCAGCAGCAGCAGCAGCAGCAGCUGGUUGAGGACAGCCUCGAAUUGGUCUCUUGGCUCCGGGACACAAAACACCCUCUUGAAGGCUUGAUUGUCUCUAAGAGCAGCAGCACCCUUGGAGUGCAGCUGCUGCUGCCAGCAGCAGUGCAGCAAAUGCUGCCCCCCAAGCUGUUCCUUCCAAAGCAGCUAUUUGCUGCAGCGGGGGGGGCCCCCGAGGGCCCCGGAGGCCCUGGGGGCCCCCAGGGGGCCCCCGGGGGGCCCCCCGGCGCAGUGGGGGGGCCCCCGAGGCCCCUCAGCAAGGACUCAGAGGCCCUGUGGGAAAGCCUGCAGCAAGGAGACACCAUUCAGCUGCAAGUCAUUGGCGUCCGGCAGCAGCAGCAGCAGCAGCAGCAGCAGCAGCAGCAGGGGUGGGGGGGCGGGCUGCUGGAGCUGGUGGUGCGGCCCUUCUUGAAGAAAAAGAGUGUCUCUUCAAGUGUCUCCUCAGGGGCCCUCUGUGCCUACUUUUCGCAGCUGGAAGAAAUGCAUGCAGCAGCAAAAAGUGAAGAGGAGCUGCUGCAGCUGCUGUGA